AUGUCAGGAGGACCAGGCCACGACAUGAUAGUCCCGGCGGGCCUGCCGCUCCGAAAACUGGAUCAUAACUUCAACAACGCCGAGGGCAGUAUUCUGACAUUUGACCAAAUUCAGUCUCUGUCCAUGUCGAAUCCUCUUUGGCAGGAGUUCAUCGGAAACCGCUUGGGCCUCGAGAAGCGUUACGGACAACUGCUGCACUCCUAUGAAGAGUCUUUUGCGAAGUACUUUGGCGGAUAUAUCCCCAUCGACUAUGCAUCUUCGGGUAGCAAAACCACGAGCCCCGAAGUUGUGGUUAAGAUGAUCCUCACUCUUGCAGAGCUUUCCAUGUCAGAAUCGUCAGAAUCGUCCGAGAGCCCCUUUACCGACGAAGACAGCACAUUGAAAAGAAUGGGUUGGGAAGACGUCCAAGUGACGAAACCUCGUUGGGCGCUUUUAUCUGACACGUUCGCCGCGGCAACUGCUUCUUCAAAGACUACUUCGGAGAAGUCGUCGCCCACAUUCUUCACCUCCCAGAAGCCGUAUGGCGACAACCCCGUUCUCUUACACAUUGAAGGGGUCUCCGAUGACGAACUGAGAGAUCAAAUUUACGAAGCCAAAGCGAAGGGGUGCAUCGGUAUCAUUGUAGAGAUCGUCGAGAAUCAGUACAACGGAAGGGUCAUGGACCCCAUCACGCUUAAGAGACUGGAUUCCAUGUGUACGCAAGAGCAAUUACUCCUUGCUGUGGACGAAACCCUCACUGCCAUUCGUUGUGGGGCACCCUUCUCUUUCCAGCGAGAAGAAUACUUCGACAAGGCGUCUCCCGAUCUUGUCUUCUUCGGAAAGGCCGUCGGCACUCGUGGCACAGCCAUAGGGUUCAAGGGACAGUUUGUACAGAAACUUGGGCUGUUCGGAAGCUCACGCGGGCGAGCUAUUGGCAAGUGGCAGAGUCAGUUCCUAAAGCCUAUCGCCCUCGUCGACCUGAUCCAGUCACUGUCUGCGAUCGACAUGGCUGUUCGAGGUAACCUUGCCAUGCUGAGUAGAGUAAUCGGACACACCGUCCGAAGCUUUGUCCUGGAAAAGGCCGAAGAGCGCGGUCAUGAAGUCGAGGCUCGAGACGUGCUUGGAGGGCUGGAGAGCCUUAUUUUCGUCCGCAAAGAUAUCGCAGGGACUAUGCUCGUCAUGGGCGCCAACACGGCGGGAGCAUGGAUCCCCUGGGUCAAGUGGCUGCCGAGGCUCGAGAGGGACAUGUCGAGAAGCGAGAUACUGGAGGAAAUCAUUGGAAGCGGUAGCCGCUCGGCCCGGGAAGAGCUCUCGAAGAUGCUUUUGAAGCAAGACCUGUGA